GACAGUUUUGAGCAUGAGGAGCACAGCCACGGGAUCCUGGCGAGGCAUUACGUGGUCCCCACCGAGACGCCGAGAUAUUGGCUUGUCGUCAUCGACCAAGCUCCAGCACCGGCCGCACAACGCCUGGCAUUAUCCACUGGUGACAGCUUCUGGCUUGAAUGGCGUGGCAAGGAGAGCUCAGAAACGGAGACCAGCUGGCCUAGCGAGGACCCAGCCCGCCCCGAGGAUGACGAUGCAGCCUUCUUACAACGCGAGAGGGCCCCCGAGCCAGCACCACCGUCGGCCACACUCGACUCCUCGCCCACCUCAUUCAUGCAGAACCAACGAGCAGAGUCCAGUGCGCGAGUCCCGUCACAGCCAGCCCGAGGGAACCAAGCCGAAGAGGCACCUCAACCACCACCACCGCAGCCUGACCCAGCACCUCUGCCGCACGAGAUGGACACUCCGUGGUACUCUGUGGCCGCAAACUUUGACAGCGAGUUCACAGUUAGCGGCCUCCUUCGGAUCCUGCAAAAAAUCCUGCACGAGAUGUUGCAGCAGACCUUUGGCCUACCCAACGAAUACCUCACGCACCUGGCAUAUCAUUCCUGCUACUACCUCUCCAAGCUGCAAAGUACAAGUGACCGGGCAGCCCAGCGCAGCGAGCCGGGGGAAAACCCCACAGGAGACACAGGAGCUGGACCUCUUGCUAUGGUUUUCUGCAUAACUAAUGCGUUCGUGGAAGCAGAAGCAGCCCUUGACAGUCUCGUUCAGCACCAGCGCGAGCUCCCGCGACGACAUCUCCUAAAAGAACUUCGGCGAGCUGAGGCCUUACUAAAAGAUGGCCGGGCCAUCUUCAAGAGUUGGGCCCGCAACCCGAAUGCUCCAGGGGCCUUACCGGGUACCGCGGCCUCCCAAAACGCUUUGGAUGGAGUGGACUUCUCAUUCCUGGCAAGCGAAGAAGGUGGAGUGGCAAACCUCGACGACUCGUUGAGGCUCGCCCUUGCAGCCACGCAGAGGUGCAACCAGUAUAUGAACCAACUCCUGGAUUGGAUCCAGGGCCACUUUCAUGAAGAACCUCUAGGGGGAA